UCAAAACUGUCUUUCUCUGCACUGCACGAGCGUCUGGGUCGCGUAGUUCACUCUCCCAAGUCCCCUGCUCUUCAAAUCCAAACAAGCCCUUCAUCUUCCGCGUUCCUCCGCUCAAACUCGCCACUACAAUGUCCAUCAGCAGAGCCGCCGACUCUAAACCCCCUCCGGUGAUCGGCAAGAUGGGCCCUUACACUGUCUUCGUCACCCCAACGCCGACCCCGAAGCCUGCCGGGCCGGUUCUUGAUCCGCCGGCGAAGGUCGUCCCUCCUCCGGUUCUCCCGCCUCCCCACCGUUUCGGCAACUCCGCCGGUUCUCCGUCUUUGGUUGACCGUGGGUCUGUGCUGGCAUUCUUCAAGAACGCGUCCACUAAGUUGCAAAACGCUCAAUCAAGCUUGGAUGGCCACAUGGCACGUUGGCUUGGGUUGGACCAGUCGAGGUAUCAGUGGGCGUUGGAAAAUUAUUACGAUAACCAAAGAUCAGAAAAGGAAGGUGAGAAAAAUAAAAUGUGAAACAAGUUGCGGAGUGUCUAAUGCAUUCUGGCUGAUAUAGAGUCCAAAAGAUGGAUGCGGUUGCUGCUCCCAUACAUUAUAAUUUCCGACUCGGAAAUCCUUGUCCAGGAAGAGCUGUGCUAAAGUUUUCAUAAGGAUGAGAUCUUCCUCCAAAAUGUGCAUAUAAUUUCCUGAGGUGCAAUACUUGGACUCUCUCUGAUGUAUGUUAUUUGAAUCCAGUAUAAGUGUCCUUCAAAUUCCAUGUUUCAACGAGCUUUCCAGUUUGUGCAAA